ACCGCUGUUCGACGUUUCGUCGAGCCAAAAUCGCUUCCAAGCGCGCGAGUGGAGAGUUGGCGUCGACGUCGGCGUUGUGGAGAGUUGCGCGCAAGUACAGUACAGCGCUAUGUACUCCGCGCGAGUGCGAGCGAGAGGGCAGCGCGAAGCUUUCUGUUCUGUAUAUAAACGGCCUUAUGUGCGUGUGUGUGUGUGUGUGUGCUGGUGCUGCUUUGUCGCUGACACACAUUUGUUGUUGCUGGUUUUCCAUUGAAGUGUAGCUUUGUGGCCCUGUCGCGCACUUUUGAUGAAAUUUUCCGCGUCUCGUUGUUUUUCCAUUGAAACGGCAACGUAACCAUGUAAAUUACGAAAGAUAAACCUGCAAUCUAAUUAGAAAUCUGCAUGUUGGCCAAAGAAAGUGGCUAAAACAUUUGUAACGGCACGCAGUUGACCCCCUUUUUCCGUGCCCGACUACGCCCUUGGUACAUACGCUGUUCGUUGAGUUUGCGAAGCCGACUACGAAUGAACGAAACAAAAACGAUGAAGAAUAGAACGCGAUGAAACCGAGACGAAAACCGUACAUAUGUAUGUAUGCGUCGGUUUGUGUGCGGCGAGGGACGGGAGAGAACAACGCGCCUGUUGCAAAAUUCAGUGCAGCACUCUGAUUCGUGACGAAAGGAUGUACGCCCGGUUGUAGACGAAUGAAUCCGUGUACAUCAUCGCCCCCGCAGAUGCCACGUGGCUCUGGAUCUGUGGACAACUCGACCCUGGAAUCGCACGGCCUGCAGCUGCUCGAGAUGGCUGGAAAGGAGGACUACGAGGAGCUGCGCGAACUUCUCCAGUCCUGGGAUGUUGCAGAUCUGCUGCCCCACCUUCAAGAUGAGGCCAUCAACGUAGACGAGCUGCAGAUGAUUAAACGUCAUCACCUGUCCGAGCUGCUGCGGAACUUUCGCUUUGGGACCCGCAUUCGCUUCGAGCACCACUUGGAGCGAUGGCGCCGCUGGCUGAAUGUGCCGCUGCAGGGCGUGCAGGGUCAGGGGUCGGGGCACUGCACAGGUUGCCGCUGCCAGGAGGUUCACACCCAGUCCCAGGCGCAGUCCCAUUUCCCUGGGCAGAACCCCGCGGAUGUGGACCAUCCAUCCGAGCAGGAAGAUAUACCAAAAACCGAGGAUCCUGCCAAGACAAUACCUGCGGAAUCGCUGGUGGCCCUCGGUCAGCCCAGGACAAUGCCCGUUCCCUUUCCAAUGCCCAUUGUUCAGCCGCCAGCGCAGGCUGUCAACGACAUGAUAGUGGUUAAGCACGAGCAUACGAUGGCGAUGCAGCCUUCCACUAGGUUAGUGGAUAGUGGAUCAGGCCCUGGCUCUUCGACAGGAACACCAGCCUGCAAGGAGGAAUCCAUUGCAGCUGCUGACCAUGAAGUCAGCAUUCUGGGCAUCCUGCGAGCCUCGGGCCCGAAGGCCCAGCACCUGAUGGAACGUAUUGGACACAACGAGCCCCUUGAUGCUGUGCAGCGGCUGUUGCUCAUCCAGCUAGUGUGCAGUUUCUACGAGGAAAACCAGUUGCACCUGACCCUGCAGCGGAGUCACCUGCUGGAAAACGAGAUCCUGGAGCUGUUCCCGCAGGAGCAGCUACAUUUUUACCGCACCGAGAGGCGGGGUAAAAUAUACGUGAGAUUUACCAACAUGAAGAGGAGCAAGAGGCUGAGUUCCUCGCGCCAGGAGCUCAAACGCCGCCGUUCCGAACUGGCAAGACCAACGCCGGCGGGUGAAGGACCUGGACAUGUUGUCAAUGCGUCCUACUCCGGUGAACCAAUCUCAAGUCCCGACCGCUCCGAUUGAGCCUGUUUUUAUAAGCCCUAAGGCAGCUAAUCCAAAUACCUAAUUGUACGGCUAAUCCUAGGCUAAGCUAUCUCAUUGAUGUGUAAAUUCUGUAUGUUAUCUCUGUGUACCGAACGAUGUAUAGGGUAUUUUGCGGGUCGACUCGAUCCGCCGACUGACGGAACUAAAUCGAAACUGAUUUUGGUUA